CGUCGGGACUCAUUAAAUUUUGAGUGUUAUGGUUAACAAUCUCUAUAGUGAAAUUUUCGAUUGAACUAUACAUAUUCAUGUAUUGAUUCACCAAAUUUAAUAGUAAUAUAGACGAACAUUUACGCUCUCAAACUAUCAGCAUAAGACAGUAUGAGAGAAAAGAACUAGCUUACUAGGGUGAUUUCAGGGUAACAUGGAUUUGAUAGAUUAAGUAAUGAAUUUUAUCUAAAUUAAGACACGAGUUUAUUAAAACAACGCCUCAAUAUAAGUAUAGUAAGAUCAACCUUACUUUGUAACUAAUUUGGACAACCUAAAUGAAAAGUCGGAUGGAAACGGGCUGAAUUAUAUAAUAAUUGGUCGGUUAGUUAUUUUGAAGCUUAGUUAUAUAUGUGUCAAGCUAGCUAGUUUGACAAAUUAACGAAACAUCAAAGUAUGUAGAAACUAGGAACAUAAGCCGGCCUUGGGAGGGAUCAACUUUGUGUAAUUGCAUUGUCAAGUUGACAAUACAAUGUUAUCAAGUAGGAAAUGACGCAUAGAUUAGUUCUUAAUUUCUUUGUCAUCUUGUCCCUAUGGAUUUUCUUCUGGAAUUAUUCUCUCUCUAUGCAAUUCUCCAAAAGAAGAAGAAAAGAAAAAAAAAAAAAAGAAGUUUAUAUUGUGAAUUGUGAUGGCAACCACCCACCCGGCCCAAGCCGGCCAAAUUAUGUCCAGAUGGAUCCGGCCAGUGUCUAUCCAUUUCCUGAUUUCCAAUUUUGUGAUGUCAUGAACAUUAUUUAUAGCAUUGAUACAUAAUAAUUCCUCACUUGUUGACAUAUUUCUUUCACAAUUGUUUAACAUUGCUUAUAGAGAACAAAGUCCCACUUUUCCCAGAGUCAAAUUAAUCAUUCUGAUGAUGAUCUACUAAUUAACUAGUUAUUGUGGGGAAUUUAUGUUUUUUUCUUCACUUGUCAAAAUGUCAACCAAUAUUGUUGCUGUGAAUUAGAGAAGCUUAAUUUUACUAAGGUAUGAGACAUGUAUGCAAUACCAUGGAGCUAGGGCAUUCUACAAGAGAAUCCCGACGCUUGAUAAUCUCCAGAAGAAAGGUUGGUUGCUUGCAAAUCGAUGCGAGCUCUGUCGUAAAGAUGAAGAAACAAUCAACUACCUGUUUGUUGAAUGCACUUUCAGCAAGGAAGUUUGGGAGUUGGGACAGGAUAAGAAGAGUGUGCAGGAACAUCAACCCCCCUUCUGGAGAUAUUCUAACCACCAUUUGCAGAUGGCACAAAGAUGAACCGAGUGAUAUCGAAGAAUGGAUUGUCUACUUCGCCUUACAUUCUAUCUGUUGGCAGGUGUGGAAAGAGAGGAACCAUCGAAUCUUCCGCAACACUCAGCUGGAACCUGCUAUUAUCACUAAAAUUGCUUGUAGAACUAUGAUUGAUUGGGUUGUUGCGCACAACAAGAUUGGUAAAGAUCAAGGCUAUCUUUGGAUUAGAAACAAGCUUCAAGAGCUGUGACUUUCCUCGCCUUCUCGCUGGAACAGUUUUUUCCUCUUCUCGGAUGGAGUCGUGUUCGCUUAGUGUGAUUGGAUCUUGUUUCUUUGUUCUGUGACUUGUGUUAUCUUUGACAGUUACUGUUUUCCCAGCAGAUGUUUUGUUUUGUGUGAUGUGCAGAGAUGGUUUGAUCCAUCUAGCAUUGUUCUUUCUUUUUUCUCUCAUUUCAUCCUUGUUAGAAUCUGUUUUGUCUUCCUUUGUCUUUCUGUGUUUUGAGAUCAGAUCAUGUGAUCUCUUUCCUUUGAUUGUUUCCUUGUAUCCGAACUUUUAUUUCUCUUUUAAUAUCUAUUCACCAUUAUAAAAAAAAAAAUCUUUCUUUCUUCCUUUGUAGAUGAUCAAAAGUAUAUAUAUGUUGUGUGCAUCCAUGUUCCAUGAGUUGUUUGCCGCCGAUACAAUUAGUUCAAAUUGAUCUCUGUAAUAGUAUUGGUAAUUAAAUUUAGCCUGGUCAGUGGCCACUUAAGGAGACGCUCAUCACUUGGUUAAACUUAAAGCUACCAAUUCGGGUAAUUUGAUUGUAUAUCUACUUAAAACUGAGCGGAGUAAAAAUUUUGGGUUAGGAAAGAUUGGAGAUUAAAGAUCAAAGAUAUUCGAACCGUGUACCUAGGUAGAGAAAACCCUCUUAUUUUCCCUUCUCAGGCGGCAUCAAACCCAGGCUCCCUCGACCCUUAAUCGUAUGAGCAAGCCUGUUGCUGGCUUCCUGCUAUCUAGGGGGAGUACAACGGUUUGGUUCAUAUAGGAAAGUGUUGGAACAAACCGACGCUAGAUCGGACAAUUACGAACCAAAUAUAAGUAAUGUGGUAUGGUAUUUAUAGUCUCAUAAAUUUUAUAAAUAUUGAGAAAAAUAGACCAAAUUAAUAUUUGAAUUGGACCGAUUACAAUAUUAAUCCAAAUCUUAAUCAUAAGAUGUUUUUUAGUAUUAAAUGCCAGUUCUCAUAAGUUCGGUCAGGUUCGAUUGCACACCCAGUGCUAUCCACCUGACGACGUCCUGGCUGGUGUGGUGAGUAACUUAUGACUAUCGUUCAAGUUUUGUCUUUAAGCUUAAGAAAAAGAGGGAAUUUGUCGUCAACAUUCAAGGACAUAAUAUAAAACAUCUAUGCUAGAAGAAGAGUAUAUACUACAAGAAAGACAAAAUAUUACUUUUGGGGUCUAAUAUUUGCAUAGCAAAAUAAAGUUGCCCCAUGAUAUGUAGUUCCUAAUUAGCAUUGAUAGUAGGCAGUGGUGGCAAUAAUUUUGCUCCAUUGUCUAUUGUCUCUAUUUCGUUUGGUUAUCAUUAUUGGUAAAUUCCACCACAAAUAAUAAAGGAUGAACAAACAAACAAAUCAACGACCGUUACUGAAUGUCCUAAUAAUUUAGAUAUAUAAUAAUCAACCUCUCUCCCCGAAAAAAUUUUAAUAGAUGCAAAUGCAAUUCAACAGUGUAAACAGCCUGCUACAACAAUUUAAGAAAUUUAUAGUGUUUGUAGAACCGUUCGUCGCUAGACAAUUUUACUGAUAUGAAAUUAUUCAACCACAGGUCAAAAUAUUAUUUAAUUAGAAAAUGCUCGACUACUAAAAAUUUUGAUACAACGUUCGGUAUGAUCAUAUUGACAUGCUUAAUGUUUAGGUUCAAUUGAUCAUAUUUUUAGUACUAUUUGAGACACUCUUUGUUAGUUGCCGAGACAUUAGUUUGGUGGGGAUGAAGUGAGAAUGGUCAAUGCCUCAAUGGCAUCCCUACUGCCUCUUGGCCACGUUCAAGGGGUCAAAGCUAAUUGAUUUCGGGUAGUUUAAUAUGGAAAGAGCCAAACUAGUUAUAAUUGGAGAUGACAAAUAGGACAGAAAAUGAUGCCUGUUCUGUUUUAUGUUAUGUUAUGUUGUGAAUGGACAUUGCAAUUAGCAUCGCGCGUUCUUAAUCAAUACAAAGUAUUUGG